CUUUUUGUAUCAAAAUUACAAAAGUACAAAACAGAGUAACUGUUUUGUAAUUUUGUAUGUAAUUUUAAUUUUUACUGAUUGUAGUGUAUUUAUUUAUGAUAUUAGUUAAAACUCAAGAAUUAAGUACAAUAAACCUAGCACCUAUAAAGUAGUGAAUCUUCAAGUAUCAUUACAUUACACAUAAAACAUUUGUUAAGACGCAAAGAAAUUUCAAUGUAACAUUGAAAUUUGUAUUCAUAAACAAUGUUAUAUGAGGCUUUUAUGGCUGGUGUUUGGUCAUCGUUGGGUAGUACUGUAGGCAAAUUAUCAGGAACACACACUGUUGUAGGGGACAGUUACUUAAUAUGGGCUGGUUUACUCAUCCUUAUGGUGCUAGUCAACACCUGGGGCUGCCGGUGCUACUUGCGGUCUCUGGAUGCAGCUACUAAUUCUGUAGCACCCACUGUUAUAUCAUCUGCAUCUAGCUAUAUAUUGUCUGGCAUCAUUGGAGUUGUACUGUUCAACGAAGUGUCAUCAAUCACCUGGUGGCUGGGGACUGCUCUCAUCGUGCAGGGGUUGGCAUUAGUAGCGAGGCAUCAAAACAAAUCAAAUGCCCAAUCUGAUUAAAUAACAAGAGGUCCCUUAUUCGUAUUUGUUACUCCUGCGAUGGGGCCGAUUGGAGAUGUGUGAUAUGUUUACCCUCUUUUUCUUUGCAUCAUACAAGUUCUAAGAUCACGGUAAAGAGAUCACAAGAUAUCUCGAGACAAAUCAAAGACAAAUGUUGACCAAGAACGACAGACUUGUUAAUAUUGCUCUUCCUUUUAUUGCAUUGAUCAACAAUAUGUCGUUUCUCUGCGCGAUAACUGUUGUUGACGCAUGCUAGCAAUUAGUCCGGUCAAUUUAACACCUAAAAUAAAAUUAAUCACUUAUAUUCCCACAAAGCUGAAAAUUGGUAGAAUCGUUCAAAUCAAAAUUUAUUAAAUUUAAAGUCACCCCGAAUCUUAUGACAAAACUUAGCAUUUUCCUGAACCCACCCAUUGACUCAUGUAUUGACUUAUGGUGGGCGACUAGGACCACAUAUCAGCAUCGUACGUAGGACGCAUCGCCUCAAACGGAUUGUAGACUUCGCACCACGAAAGUAGUCCUGCGGCUAAAACUUGAACUAAAAUUGACAGCGCCUUUACACAAAUGACAAUAAGACCGCCAUUACCUAAUGAAAAUUAGCGCCAUUAUGACAUUAGCGCCGCGUCUACGGGACUUGUUUCGUGGCGCGGAGUAUAGUAUUCUUUGUUUAAUACAAAUACAAGUGCGUCCACUGAUCCGCAUCGUAUGGAUCGCACAAAUCUACCGUAAAAUUAAAAAUCCGUUUGAUACGAUGCGUCCGAUACGUACGAUGCGGAUAUGUUGACGCCUGCCAAACACUGCGUUGCGGGAAGGCAGCAAUUAUUAAUAGCAUUAAGCAUAGAACACUCAUGAGACCUCAGCCGCUACAGUCAUAUGAAGGUACCUAAAAUAUUAUUAUUAUAUUAAGAAAUGUACAUUCCUAUAAAUGUAUUUUAAGGAAAAUAAAAGAAUUGUUUUGUUUUGAUAAUAUUAUGUUUUAUUACUAGUAGUCCAGUAAUUUUAGGCAUUUUAUACCCCAAUCUGGGGAAAAAUUCCUAGUGAGCUGAAUUUUUGUAUACACCUUUAUUACGGCGUUAUUAUGAAGUUGUGAAAAAUCGACAUCGAUAUCGUGCCGGCUAAAAAAAUUACAGAGGUCAAAAGGUCACGAAAAUCAGUUUUUUGCAAAUAUUUCGCGACCUAUUGCUCGGACGUCAAUAGAGGUCAUUAUAAAAAUUGUUCCUCAUAAAAUUGUCUACAAAAAAUGUCUCUUAUAGUUUUUCUGUAAAAUUAACGGUUUUCCGAUCAUAGCGCUGAGAAAGCGGCAAGAAUGCACUCACAUACGGUAUUGUAUACCGUACACCAAGGCGUAAACUCUAUUGCUUUUUAGUAAUGUUUGUAAAUGUCUCUAAAUCUUUUAUUUUACAUUUAGAUGUUUCCAGAAAGAUAUAUUUAUCGUAUAGGGGUUUAGAUUUUUAGUAAGACGUACUAUAGCUCAUUCUAAUGACCUUCAAUGGCUGAUGUUUCGUAUUUCAUUGUUCCGAGAUCCGUCCCUUUAUACCUGUUACUGCCAGUUAGACUGAGUAUACUCAUAGCACGCACUCAAAUACUUGAUCAAUCUACAUCAAUUUUUUUCAAAAAACCAGGAAAAAACAAUGCUGAAACAAAAAUAUACUCGACUGAUAGCCUCAACAAGUAUCCACAUUGCAAAAAAAAUAUUCUGUUUCUGCAUGCCAUGACCGGAUGCGAUACAACUUCAGCACUUUUUGGGAAAGGAAAAUUGAAAGUCAUGAAGAUGUUUGAAAAAAGACCCGAUUUAAACAAUUGUACAGAAAUAUUCCAACAAGAAAAUUGCUCUCGAGAUGUCAUUGUCAAUACUGGAAUACAUUUUCUAC